CCCCGUACCACCACUGCCGCCGUUACCACGACGACCAAGCGCCGCCGCAAGCCACCGCCGAAGCUUCCACACAUACUCUCAGAAUCAAGCCCAUGUUCAACUCCUAGAAGCCAAUCAUCUAAUUUCCCGAACACGUUCUUCCCCACAGCUUACUCUACCUACUCAACUUCACCUUCUCAAGAAUCUUCUGUUUGGAACUGGGAUAACUUUUACCCUCCCCCUUCUCCUCCUGGUUCCGAAUAUUUCCGCUCCAAACAGAAUCAGAAUCAGAAUCUUGACCAGAAUCGGAAUAUUCCCAAUCACGCUCCACUAGCACUGGAUUCAGAAGAUUCCGACUCGGAGUCGUUAGAGUCUGAAUCAGAAUACAACUACUUCCACUCUGAGCCGCAACAGAAUCUCAACAAAACUAAAAGUGUUCGUUCUAUGCAACAGAAUCAGUUGGAAACUGAGGGUUUUGAUACUGAGAGAUCAGAAUACAGUUAUUUACGAAGAAAACCCGAAGCAAGACCCGAACCAGAACCUGGUUACCGUUUCCGUGAGGAGUUCACUGAGGCGGAGCGAGAGGAGGUUCAGUGCAGCGACUGGGGUGACCGUUACAGCGACGGGAGCUCUUCGGAGGAGGGAAAUGAUCUGCGGUCGUCGGUGAGAGCGGAGUCCGUCGCCGGCGUUGGCGGAGGUGGUGGUGCUGUCAAGACUCCGGUUCCUCCGGCGGCGGUGGCAGCGGGGAAGGUGGACGAGAAGCGCCGUGUUGGUGAGGGUGGAGACACGACGUCGGAGAGUUACCGGAGUGCGGCGGCGGAGGCGGAGGAGGCGGUGGGAGUGAAGAAGGUGGUGGUGAGGCACAAGGACCUGAAGGAGAUUGUUGAAGCAAUUAGGGAUUACUUCGAGAAAGCGGCAGGCGCCGGAGACCAGCUGUCGGAGAUGCUGGAGAUCAGUAAGGAGCAGCUUGAUCGGAGUUUCAAGCAAUUGAAGAAAACUGUGUAUCACUCAACCAGUUUAUUUAGCAACCUGAGCUCAAAUUGGACCUCAAAACCGCCAUUGGUGGUUAAGUACCGGCUCGAUCCCAGUUCACUUGCUGGACCAGGCGGUUCAAAGAGUUUGUGUUCCACUUUGGAAAGGCUUCUGGCUUGGGAGAAGAAGCUCUAUCAGGAGGUUAAGGCAAGAGAAGGUGUGAAGAUUGAGCACGAAAAGAAAUUGUCAGCUCUGCAGAGUCGAGAAUGCAAAGGGGGCGAUGAAACGAAGAUAGACAAAACUAAAGCUUCCAUAACAAGGUUGCAAUCACUGAUUGUCGUCACAUCUCAGGCUGUGUCUACCACCUCAACUGCCAUUAAUGGCCUCAGGGACUCUGAUCUUGUUCCUCAGCUUGUUGAGCUUUGUCAUGGUGUAAUGUACAUGUGGAAAUCAAUGCACCAGUACCAUGAAAUUCAAAGCAACAUUGUGCAGCAAGUCCGUGGCCUUGUGAAUCGAUCAUCCAGAGGUCACUCGACAUCUGAACUGCACAGGCAGGCAACUCGGGAUCUUGAAUCGGCCGUGACAGCUUGGCAUGCCAGUUUUUGCCGCCUUGUUAAAUUUCAACGCGACUUCAUCCUUUCUCUACAUGGCUGGUUCAAGCUAAACCUUAUUCCUGUCAAUAAUGACAACAAAAAUACAGAACCAUCUGAUGUGUUCACCUUUUGUGAUGAAUGGAAGCUUGCUCUUGACCGGGUCCCAGACACGGUUGCGUCCGAGGCCAUCAAAAGCUUCAUCAAUGUUGUCCAUGUAAUAUAUGUCAAGCAAUCUGAAGAGCUCAAGAGUAAAAAGCGAACCGAUACAGCAUCCAAGGCUCUUGAGAAAAAAUCUUCGUCUCUAAGAAACAUAGAGAAGAAGUUUUACAACUCAUAUUCUACAGUAGGAAUCAGCAUCCCCAACUCUCUGCCCGAUGACGGACCUGGCUUGGAUGCUAGAGACCCGCUCGCCGAGAAGAAACAAGAGCUAGCGGCCUGCCAGAGGCAUGUGGAAGACGAAAUGGUAAGGCAUUCGAAGGCCGUGGAGGUGACGAGAGCCAUGACACUCAACAAUCUUCAGACAGGUUUGCCUGGAGUUUUUCAGGCAUUGUCAAGUUUUUCUUCCUUAUUCACUGAGAUUCUUGAGUCAGUUUGUGCCCGUUCAUAUGCCAUCAAGUAGGUAAUUUAUUUCUGUUCUGGUGGGAGUUAUGUUGUGCAUAAGAGCAAGGAUUUUUUUUGGCUGCAGGCUCUUAGUGCUAUUAUUACUUGCUAUUUUGAAAUGUAAAUAGGAAGAAUUUUUGUGGCAACGUAUCUAUAUUUUUAUGGUAAAGUGAACUGUUUUUCUGGUAAAGGUUCAACAUAGGAAAGGAAAUUAUGGUUGAAUGGAAGGAAUUUAUUUUUCUUUAAUCAAGUUUUGAGUCUUCAUGCCUUGUUUUAGAACUUUGGGCUAGUUGUUCUAUAUCAUCGAGGUGCUUAUUAUAAAGCUCUGAAAUAUUAAUAUUCGAUCA